UUACAACCAGCUGACUUCCGGCGUCUUCCCGUCCAUUAGCCACCGAUAUACACUGUCAACGAUAUCCGUCUACACUCGAUAUUCUCCCCACGAAAAGCGCUGCCCGUUGAUUCGUCAACUCAACUGAAUGCAACAUUUAAUCGCGUCCAUCCGAUGCAGGGCUCUGGCCCCGUCUCCAGCAGCUGAACCACACCAGUCCUGAUCUCUCUGCUCCACGUCCGCGGCCCUCCUCCGACCUGAGCCAUGACCACCCAGAGGGAGCUCGAUAUGGUGCACCUUCGCCUUAUCCUGGUCAGUGGGAAAACGCAAGACUUCACUUUCUCCCCAAACGACUCGGCCACAGACAUUGCCAAACAUGUAUUCGAGAACUGGCCCGCAGGAUGGGAGGAGGAGAGGGUCAGCAGCCCCAGUAUACUGCGCCUCAUCUUCCAGGGACGCUUCCUUCAUGGCAAUGUCACCCUGGGAGCUCUGAAGCUACCACCGGGCCGAACUACUGUCAUGCACUUGGUUGCCAGAGAGACUCUUCCGGAGCCCAACUCUCAUGGUCAAAGGAACAGAGAAAAAACCACAGAGAGCAACUGCUGCCUUCUCUUGUAAAGCAACAGAAGCGGCACCCUCCCCUCUCCCCCUGACCUCACACAUAACUGACACACAUAACACACACGUAUAGACAUGCAUACACUCUGCUCCCUCCUACCCGUCAUCCCAGCCGCAGUGGAUUCGGAAUACAUCGCAGGAAGUCCGGUUGGGGGCCCAUUACCCACUUUGAGUGAACUCUAGUCCAAUCUGAGGCUUUUUUGUGCCAACAUAUUCACGUUUUGCCCCCAAACUUUUACUCAAUCUGCAGAAUUUUGCUGUAGUUUCUCCUUUUUAAUUUGAAGAUCGUGAUGUUAAACAGUCCCUUCGCUGCUGGACAAGUUUUAAAGAGCUGUCAUACAUAGUGAUGAAGACCCAGGAACCCAUCACUCUUCAUGGACACAGAAGUGCUAUAAAGGAUGUGUGGGCUUUAACCCUUUCCUACUAGUCACAUGGAUGUUUCCCCAGGUCGUACUCAAUGAUGUUAACCCUCUCAUUGCACUUAACUGGUUUGUUAAUUCAGAAGUGUUUGUUGUGUCGCCCUCCCCUCCCUCAUGACGUAUUUCUUUAAACAGACCUCAAUUCCCUGCGUAGUAGAAAAUGUGCCAUCCUCCUCCUCAUAGACUGUUUCUGCCUCUUAUUAACUCAACCGUUUGGUCUGUAUCAGCACCAGUGGCAUUUGUGCCACCACCCACAUCCCGUUUGUUCCUGGCAAUGGACCAAUAGAGAAAAGACUUAUCAGGAGGAGCUGCGUAAACACCUAAGGGAUGUUCGGGUCCACGAGGAACAGGAGCAGACUCCCGAUGAGGAGUGCAGGGACGGGGUCAGAGAAUUUGCUCGUUUGCCAUCUGGUGUCGUGUUCGCACUUGUGGCAGUGACUUUACUGACUAGAUAGUCAACGUUUCCUUGUGACUCGAGCCGACAUUGCGGGCCACUUACAGUCAGACAGAAGAAGAUGGUUGAAGGUGGGAGGGAGAUGUGUUGCCGGCGUGAGACCCUCCUCUACUGGACUGCGAAAAGGAGGCGGGGGGAGAGUUCUCUCUCACUGAGUAAAAAGGAAAAAUUUUGGUGGUGUUUCACCUCCUUUCAUUUGGAUGCUGUCUUUACUUCUUGUUUGCCUUUUAUUGUGGAAUUCAGUAAUAGCAUUAAUAUUGAAAUUUAAAUAUAUCAAUUUUUAUCUUGUGUAUAGGUAUUUGUUGAAUUUUAGUGUGUGUGUGUGUGUGUGUGUGUGUGUGAGUGUGUGAGAGAGUGUGUGUGUGUCUGAGGGUGUGUGAUGCAUGUGGCAUACUGUUUGAAGACUAGCGAGGGCAUGUGGUCUUAAAAAAUAAGGUGGUUCACUGGGAGUGUUGAUGGGCUGCGGUUUCUUCAGAAACAGUUGGAAACCUUUUGAUUCCUUCCAUCGAGUGUCCUUUGGUUUGUGUUUGUGUCAAUCAAUGUCACUGCUAUGAAGUGUAGCUCAGUAUGAAUAAAUGUAAAAACUAAAAAUGCAAUGUGGUCUACAUAAAAGCUUGUAUUAUAAAUUAAUAAAUCUUUAAAUAAGGCAA